GCGCGACGGCCGGGUUGGUACCGAAAGGACCGGGAUCGCGCGUCCCGUGGGUACGAACGUGUUCGAGGAACGCGUAUCGUUGGACUCAAGCGACUGACGCACCGCUGGGUCCCCACCGACGUCGAGGCCCAUCAAGUGCCAAAUACCAGAUAUUUCCCCUGCUUGAACCGCGUCUCAGCCCCGUGUCGUAACGGAGACGAGAUGCAGCUUCAAGUCCGGAGCGUUCUCACGGGAGGCGCUGUGCGUCUCACAGGCCUGCCAUGUGUUCCUCGCCGCGAUGCGAUGACCCUGAUCAACCGCGGGAGGCCGCUCCUGGAAUCGUCCGGCUCGUUCGUGAAGGGUACACGUCAGCGCGACCGACGACCGGUCGUGCCCCGAGCGAUCAUGGACGACACGAGCGAUACACAGGACCUGGAGGAGAUGUGUGACACUGACCUGGGUUUCUGCGAGCUCUGGGAGAACGAGAUGGUCGCGUUUUGGAGGUCUUGGAACGACAUGGCCGAGACCGAGCGGCACAAGGUGAGAGAUGUCGACAUUCGCUGGCUCGUCAAAUUAGGCCGCGUCGACGAGCAGUUCACCAAGCCUGACGUGGUCUUCAAUAACGCAAGGAAGCUCAGCGCGCUGCUGCCUGAUGCGAACGUGCCCAAUAUGCUGCAGCGCGAGCCCGAGGUGUUGAACCUCAACUUCGUGCGCGCUUCGCAGAGCAUCCUCGAGCUGCAGUCGGUACUUUGCUCGAGUGAUCACUGCUCUGACGUCACGCCAGUACUCGAGCGCCAUCCUCGCUUGCUGCUGUGUGAAGAUGUAGUAGCCGAGGUUGAUGCCGCAAAAGCUCGAUUGCAGGAGCUGGCGCCCUCUUGCGACGCGGGCAAAGCGAUCAGCGAGUACCCUGAGCUCAUAUACCGCAUCCACAACUAUGGCGAGUACAGCGAGCUGCCCAUUUCGAUUCAGAACAUCAUCCUCGAGACAUCAAACGAAGAGGUGGAUGACAUCUUGGAGUCAUACAAUAGCAGGUGGGACGAGUGGGAACGGGAGCGUGGGGAUGUUCCCUCCGAGUGGCAAGGGAUGGGUGUCGCGAGCAAGGAGUACCAGCGCAAAGGACUCGACGGUGACGGUUGGAUGAACGAGUCGGCGCAAAGUGCAGAGGCGGCGGAAUGGAUGCUUGACGGGUACUUCGACCCCGAGGAUGAAGACUGACGCGCGAAUUGAACGUUAGCGGCGUAGACAGGGCGAUGGGCCAGGUGUAUUUGGUUGUUUCGAAACUGUAAAAGUAACUUUGGCGAGGUGAUCUU